UCUAAUUAAUAUACUUUGAUGGAAUACCAGCUUUGUUAAUGUUGUAGGACACAAAGUAAGCAGUAGUAAUUGGUUAUCUAUUGUGUAGCUUUCUAGUAUCGUUGUGAGGGGGGAAAAUGUACAGUUCAGCUUGCACUGUCCAGGCUCCCCUGCAUUAUGUGGCUAUGUACUUGAACCUCACUGAAAGUUUAGAAGAAAAUGUACUUUCCAUACAGAAGUCCUUACUUGAACUGCAUCAGUUAUUGACAGACCUUCCUCAUGAUAUGCUGGAUGAUGACCUCUCUUCUCCAGAUCUCAACCUUUCUGACUGUAGUGAGGAUGCCACAGUGGGACAAACACAUAAGAUUCAAGAUCCAGAAGACAGCUGGAAUGAACAUCAUGUACUACCUAAACCUCAGAGUGGCUAUGAUGAUGUUCAGAAUUUGUAUCCUGGAAAGAAACAUGUCAAUGGUUGGGAAGAACAUCACAGAAAAAACGAAGACCUAUAUACUGGGUGCAAUAUUGAAGAACAUCAUGAUGGAGGUGGAAGUGGUUACAGUUCUCCAAAUGAAUAUGAACAAAAUGAUUUAUAUCAACUUCCGGAAAACUUUAGGCCAUAUACCAAUGGUCAGAAGCAGGAAUUUAAUAAUCAACCAACUAAAAUAAUAAAUUUUCCAGAUGGUCAGAGGGAACAUUUUCAGCAAUUUGGUACAUCACAUGUUCCUAAUAGUCAAGCUUUGGAAUCUUAUAAAGUGACAUUUAAGCCAUACCAAACCUCCAGCCAAAAUAAUAUCUCAUCCACCCAGGAAAGAGCAAGAAGGAAUGAUGGGUUUGAAGAGAUGCAGCAAAAAUUUUUGGAGCCUGGUGAAAAUUCUUUAGAAAAUAUGCAAAUUGCUCAGCUUCAGGUUCUUAAUAAAGCAAAAGAGAGGCAAUUAACUGAUAUGUGUGAGAAACUAGAAGAGAGCGAACGACAAAUUAGAUAUCUGAAUCACCAGCUUGUGAUGUUAAAAGAUGAAAAGGAUGGCUUGGCACUCAGUCUUCAAGAAUCACAGAAACUUCUUCAGAAAGGAAAAGAGAAAGAGAUACAACUUGAAGGGCAAAUAAAAGCACUUGAAACCCAAAUUCAAACAUUAAAAGCCAAUGAAGAACAGAUGAUUAAGAAAGCUAGAGUGAGUGAGGUGGCCAUGGAAAACCUAAGGCAGCAAUUGUUAGAGCUUCGUCAUUCUGACUCUCUACAGCGGGCAAAAGAGCAACAUGAGAAUAUUGUUUUAUGCCUCAGAAAGAAGUAUGAAGACCAAGUGACAACUUUACAAAAGAAUUUGGAGGUUACCAAUGCUGUACUUCAAGAGCAGAAAGACAUUUGUUGUCGCCUACGAGAUCAUGUGAAACAAGUAGAAAGAUCGCAAGAAGAAAACAAGAUAGAAAAAACAGAAAUAAUCAACAGAUUAACAAAGAGUCUGGAGGAAAGUCAAAAACAGUGUGCUAACUUGCUGGAAACAGGAUCAGUACAGGAAAUGAAUCAGUUAAAGCUCCAGCUUCAGCAAGCCCAGAGUGCACAUACGCUGAGUGACAACAUGAACAAGGCUUUACAAGAAGAAUUAUCAGAAUUGAAAGAUGAAAUUACUCUCUAUGAAUCUGCUGCAAAACUGGGAGUAUUUUCAAAUAGCCCAGAUGAAGAAUUGAAUUUAGACCUUGCUGAAUCAUAUGUGGAUUUGGGUAUUAAAAAAACCAACUGGAAAAAAUCAAAUAUUCUAAGUACUAUGCAGAAAUCAGAACCAAAUGAAGAGCUUCCCAAAGAUGAAAUCAUCAUGAGACUGAAAUCUGAAUUGCAACGUUUGCUGACUAGCAACACAGUGAAGCGUCGCCUGGUUUCUCAGUUACAAAAUGAUCUCAAAGAUUGUCAUAGAAGACUGGAAGAUCUCAGUCAGCAGAAAAAGUGUCAAGAAAAAUGUGAACUUGAGACUAAAACAAUCAAUGUGGAAAAAUCACCUAAUCGGUUAUGGCAUGAUUCUUCUGUUUAUGAUAAAACAGUCAAAGAAGAUAUUCUGCGACUUAAAAAUGAAAUUCAAAGUUUACAACAGGAAAAAGAGGAUCUUAAAGCAACUGAAGAAAAACUGAAAAGUACAAACCAGGAUUUAUGCAGCCAAAUGAGGCAAAUGGUGCAAGAUUUUGACCGUGAUAAGCAAGAAACAGUGGAUAGAUGUGAGAGAACUUUUCAACAACACCAUGAGGCAGUGAAGAACCAAAUACGAGAGAGCCUGUUAGCAAAGCAUACUUUAGAAAAGCAACAGCUCUUUGAAGUUUAUGAAUCAAACCGUUUGCAACUUAGAGCUGACUUAGAUAAGGUGAAUAAAGAGAUGGCAGCAGUACAAGAAUGCUACCUUGCAGUCUGCAAAGAAAAAGAUAACCUCGAGACCACCAUAAGGAAGGCUUUUGAGAAAGAGCAGCAGACUAAGGAAGAGAUGCUCAAGAACAAGCUAUUACAAGAAAAGGAGGAGGAUCUAAACAAACUCAAGGUAGAACUUGAAGAAAAACUCAAAAGUACCAUUACAGCGACAAAGAGCCAGUGGCUGAAAGAAAAAGAAACUGAUGUUAAACAGCAAAUUGAAAAUGAAGUAAUCUUAGCCAAAACACUGUGGGAGAAGGAACAGAAAGAGAUCAAAGACAAAGUUAUUCAGCAGUUAGAAAGGGAGUGGCGGUUUAAACUGGAUCAAACUAUAAAAGAAAUGAAAAAGAAGACUUUUGAUUGUGGCAUCCAAACUGACCAAAUAAUCAACCCAGAUGUAAUUUCCAAGAAAGAGGUGGAAGCGAUGAUUGAGGAACAGCAAUUGAAGAUUCAGCAAGAUGUGCUACAAGAGAAGGAAAUAGCCAUUAAAGAGGCUCUGAGAAAACAGGAAAAAGAGAUGGAGACUCAUUAUCGUGAAAAUAUUAUCAAACAGGUAGAAAUAGCUGUAUUAAAUGCUCGUUCUCGAUGGGUGCAAGAGCUUCCUGAGCUUGCAGAGUACAGAGCUAACAUAAAGGCUGAACAGAAGAAGUGGGAGGCAGAACAUGAGCUUUCUGUGGCCAAAAAGGUAUCACUUGCACUUCUGGAAGCUAAGGAGAAAUGGAAGAUGGAGCUUGGAAACACUGAAGAAAGUGUCAAAGAACUUGAAGCAAAGGUUUUUUCUCUGCAGAGGGAACUAGAGUUAAAGGAGGAGGAAAUCCCUGUGAUUGUUCGGGCUAAGUUGGCUAAGUCCCGAAGUGAGUGGAACAAAGAAAAACAAGAAGAAAUCCACAGCAUUCAAGAACAAAACGAAAAAGAUUACCGCAAAUUUUUAGAUGAUCAUCGAAAUAAAAUUAAUGAGGUGCUUGCAACAGCGAAGGAAGAUUUUAUGAAACAAAAAACCGAGCUGAUUCUUCAGAAGGAAGCUGAAUUACAGGCAUGUCUAGAACAGAAACAAAGAGAGUGGACAAUUCAAGAAGGCAAGCAACUCCAGAUGGAGAUUCACCAAUAUGAGGAGGAUGUUCUGACUGAGAUUGAGCUUCUUGUAGAGGAAAUUUAUGAAGAGCUCAGUGGAAUUGAGAACAAACAUCUUUCAAAAACUAAACCUCCUUGUUUUCCAAGACGACUAAAUGCCCAAUAUUUGGAAAAACUUAGGGCCUGCAUACAGAUGGCUUUUAGAGGUACACUGUAUCGACUUCUAGAAAAUAGUAAUCCUGAAUGGAAAAUGUGUAGGAAAAUACUCUUUGAAUCUCAAGAAGAGUCUUGCUGUGAACAGUGCUGUCAGAAGCUUGAAAAAGCAAAGCAAGAGUGUCAAGAUUUGAAAAAAAUGCUAGAGAAAUCGUGCAGGCAUCUCCAGCAUGCAGUAAGAGAACACAAAGCUACGGUGGAGAAAAUCGGAGAAGAAAACAGUAGAGUUGUUGAAGAAUUAAUGGAAGAAAACAAUGAAAUGAAGAUGAAACUGGAAGAACUGAGAGCACUUAGUAGCACACCACCAAGAUCAUUUUCAGAAGGUGCUGUUGACCAUAGCUGCCUGAUAUGCAGUGGAAAGGGCUUGGAAGAACUUCGUGGACAUUACAUUAGAGCUGUAAAAAAAAUUAAGAGUGAUAUGAUUCGGUAUAUACAGGCAAGUAAGGAGAGAGCAGCUGAGUUGCUAAAAGCAGAGAUAUUUAAAGAACGUCAAGAGACUGCUCAGAGGAUGCAGAAAUACUACCUUGUUUGUCUGCACCAACUUCUUCAGGAUGAUGGCAAGCAGGAAGGGGCUGAGAAAAAGAUCAUGAAUGCCGCUAGCAAGCUUGCUGCAAUGGCUAAAAUGCUGGAAACUCCUGUUGUUAAUAGACCCCAGAUCAAAAAUUCACCAUCAGUGUCUCGAUCAUAUGAGCUAUUGCCUGGAGUUGAACAGUCAAAAAGAAAUUACAUGAAUCAGAGCAGAGCAAGCCAUAUGGAAAACAAAUCAAGCAGCAGGAAUAAUAUCAUCAAGGCCGGCGGUGAGCAAGCCCUUCAGAAGCGUUUACCUUGUAACUUAAGACAACGCUUAGAAGAUACAGAACACACAGAAACAAAGCAUGUUGCUUUCAGAGAAGUACCUUCAGGCAUUCCAAUCAGUGUGACUGCAUGCAAACAGCUAGAUGAUUUGCCAAGAAAUGUGCUUCUUGAGCUUGCUCCAUGUGAUGGUGGAAGAAGCAAAACUGGCCCUCAUGUGCAGUUUGCAAACACACACACGUCUACCCGGGCUCCAGGCCUUUCUGACUCAGGAUCUUCUCAUGUAACAUUUCAGGGUCUAAAAGAAAAACGUAUUUUAAAAGAGCGUAAAUGUAAUUCACUGACUGAGUGUUGUCAGCAGAUCAUAGCUGAAAAAAGUCAGGAUUUUGACAUUCAGGAAACUCCAGUAAAGGAUGAAGAAAGUGGUCCCAGUGACUCCCUUGACUGGAGUUCAAAAAAUGUAACUUCUCAAGCCUUGUCUAACAGUGAAACAUCAUUUUUACAUCCUUUGCAACAAGGGAUCCUGGAUAAACAAGUAGAAUCAGUUUCCUUCGUGCAGUUUCCUGCAAACACUUGUCUUUCUGAGGCAGAGGAAAAAGCCAAUAAACUUUGUAGACAAUUCCAGUGUCAAAAUGAUCACAUUCCUGCUGUCAAAAAAGAAGACAAACGAACCCAGACAGAGCAGGUAAAUAAGCCCCCUGGGCAUGCAUCUCACCACAACUCUGAUGUACUGAAGUCAGACUUCAAAAAACUGAACAGUGCAGUUCAAUCUUCAUCAUAUCAUCAGCAUUCAAGAAAAUUGUUAAUGGCUCCCCAAGCUAGUCAACAAGAUAGUGGUUUUGACAGCCCAUUUGCCAAUCUAGAUUAAUUGUUCUUGUACAGUGUUUAAGAAGAUACACUAAUAUAUUUGGAAGAGAACUGAAAGGGAAAAUUUGUACUGAAAAAAAUAUGUGAGCUCUGUCUAUUUUGGGAUGUUUUAAUAACAUCUGACUGUUACAUGAGUAAAGUAAUCUCAUAAAAUUUACAUGAAAUAUUUAUGUUGCCUUAAUCUUCCAAAUUUCAUGGUUGUGUAUGUUUUUUUAAUGUAGUGUUUAUUUUUGAAUGCUAAACAGAAUCUAUUUUUAUACCUAUAAUUAGUUUGCUGUGCAGUGUUAAAUUAUUACAUAUUUAAAUAAAACUAUAUA